CCAAGCAGUAUACUUAAUUACACUUAUAGGUGCAGGAUGAAAUGAUGUGUCUACGAAGAGCAAUAAGCUCAAUAAAAUUCAUUAGCUUUCACCUACAAGGGGACACACUCUGGGACUGCAUGGAAUAUUAUAUCCAUUUGGAUUUGUAACCUUGCGGGGCAAUUGUGUGAUACUUGUAAUCUGUGGGAGCUUGGGAGCAUGCGGUACACGAUGGAGUGUGAAAUUUGUCUCUAAACACCUAAGAUAUCAGUUGCAGGCAACUUCUUCCGGAAUCUGGGCAUGGCUCCUUUAAGAAGAAAGUUAACCCAUCUACUCUUGGAACCAGGACAUCAUUUCCCAAUGCCCUUUGUUUUGGGAAGUUCCAGUGCAGAACUUUGAGAACCACAUCACCCCAGCAACUGCAGCCUUGAACUAAUGAAGGUCCAAGAGAGUGGUGUUUCCACCUUUGCUGUCACACGGGGCAGGGCUUCAGGUGUUCUCUACAUGGUGAUCACUGUGACUCCUUCAAUCUAUUCCUUGGAUCAGAAUCUUGACCACAGAAUCUGGACUGAGGUGACAGAGCCUGGAAAGUACAGGAGUGUUUGUCCCCGCUUGCACUGGCCUGCUCCCAGUCUUAUUUCUACACAGACUCUGAUGGCGACGGCUGCUCUGAGGGAUCCGAGGGACCCAGCUCAGGAUAGUGUGACCUUUGAGGACGUGGCUGUGUACUUCUCCUGGGAGGAGUGGGGGCUCCUGGAUGAGACUCAGAGAUACCUGUACCAUGACGUGAUGCUGGAAAACUUUGCGCUUGUGACCUCCCUGGGUUAUUGGUUUGGUAUGGAAGAUGAAGAGGGACUUUCUCUGCAGAGCAUUUCUGUCGAGCCAGUAUCACUGAGCAAGACUCCCUCCUGUGAAAAGUGUAUCCUGGUUGAAAGAGAAACUUUGUACAUGGCUGAUUAUCAAGGAUCAUCUCCUAUACAGAAAUCCUACCACUGUGAGGCAUGUGGAAAACAAUUUUGGUUAAGUCCAAACCUGCACCAGCACCAGAAGCAUGGUGAAGAGAAGCUGUUUCGAAGGGAUACAGAAAGCUACAAAUUACAUGGGUCAGAGAAGCCCUUUACCUGUUGGGAAGUUGGGAAGGAUGUUCUGGCUAUGUUAAGUCUGCUCCAGCAUCAGGCCACACUCAGAGAGGCAAAGCCCCACAGCAGCUGCAAAUAUGGGGAGGCCUAUCAUAGUGGUAAAAAUCAUUACAAGUGCAGUGACUAUGGGAAACCAUUCAACUGUGAAUACAAGCCUUUUCAGCAUCAGCAGAUUCACACUAGAGAAAGUUGUUACAAAAGUUAUGGCUGUGAUGACUGUGAGAAACCCUUUAGCCAAAGUUCCUUUCUUAGCAAUUGCCAGAAUGUUAACACAGGAGCAACAUCUUAUGAAUGCAGUGAUUGUGGGAAAUCCUUUAGCCAAAGCUACAGUCUCAUUCAGCAUCAGAAAAUUCACAAUGGAGCAAGGCCUUAUAUAUGCAGUGAAUGUGGGAAAGCCUUCAGCUACAAAUUCAGACUUGUUCAGCACCUGCAGAUUCACACUAGAGUCAAGCCUUAUGAGUGUAGUGAAUGUGGAAAAGCGUUUAGCUACAGCUCUACUCUCAUUAAACAUCAGAGAGUGCACACUGGAGCCAGGCCUUAUAAGUGUGGGGAGUGUGGGAAUACCUUUAGCCAGAGCUCCAACCUCAUUCAGCAUCAAAAAAUUCACAGUGGUGCGAGACCUUAUAAAUGCAGUGAAUGUGGAAAGACCUUUAGCUACAAAUGUAAACUUGUUCAGCAUCUGCGAAUUCACACUGGAGAAAGGCCUUAUGAGUGUGGGGAAUGUGGAAAAUCCUUUAGCCACAGCUCUACACUCAAUCAGCACCAGAGAAUUCACACUGGAGCCAGACCUUUUAAGUGUGAUGAAUGUGAGAAAUCCUUUAGUCAAAAGUCCAACCUCAUUCAGCACCGAAGAGUUCACACAGGAGAAAGGCCUUAUGAGUGUGGGGAAUGUGGCAAGUCCUUUAGCCAAAGCUCUCACAUCAUUCAACACAGGAAGCUUCACACCAGAUAACAUCAUCAUGAACAUAACAACUGAUAACUGGGAAAAACUUCAGUCAGUGUCUGCCGUAAAUCAGCAUGAAAGCAGUCUAGAUUGGCUUUAAUUGGAAACUAAAGCAAAUUUGGAAGCCUUCAUCUAAAGAUCUUACCUCAUUCAGCCCCAUAAAGUCCCCACAGAAGGACCUUAGUUCUGCAGUGAACACUACUUCUUCCUUCAGUGUGCUAGAAUUAGCCUUCUGUGGGGAACAGUCUGCCUGCAGGUGAAACUUAGGCCUCUGAAGACCCUGAAUCAUCCCUGAUAUCUAGGUUCACGGGGAAGCAUUUAGGAUCUGUGCUGCAUCCUACCCUGGUAAUUUUCUUGCCUGAAUUAUGUUCUUGCCAAUGUGGCAGAAAUCAUCUCUAUCACUUUGGAGGUUUCAUUAAUGUGUACCUGUCAUCUGGAUGUGAUCAGGAAGGCAGAUAUCCCUCCUUUGCUGUUCUUGGAGAAUACUAUAAAAAGUUUUGAGUGUUCAGGGGAACCUGGCCUGUUUUUGACCAAGGUCAGGCUGGGUGCUGGUAGCAACUUGAAACUGCUUACUUUCUUCCAAUUCUUGGACACUUGCUUUAUUACAGAAAGGCUUCCUAGGAAAGACAAUGGGCCUUUUGCUUCUAAAUUGUAGCCUGGAUGCCAGGGAUAUUUUGGGGAGUCCUGAGGUCAUCCUGAGGGAGAGUGUAGUUGUUAUAUGACAACCUCUAGUGCUUCCUUGAGAAGUGUACAUUUGUUCCCUUUUCCCAGGGAUAUUAUAUAAUGCUGAGCACCGUUGCAGAGAGGCUGUUCCCCCCACGUACUGCAAAGGAAUCAUGUGCCUUCCUGUCUAGUUUGGUCUCUGGGGUCACUGUUAAGAUUACAAGGGCCAGGCUGAAUUUGUAACGUCUGCAGAAACACUGGAUGUGACUGAUGUGCACUGGAGGAGACUGCAGUGGGGGGUAGGACCUCUUCUGAAGGUGCAUGUGCAGUGGGGCCAGUGACUGGCUGUGGAAUGAGUGCACACUCAGCUUGUCCCUUCCUGUUGAGACCAUUGUCAGAGCAAAUAAAGCUCCGCUGAUGUUUUUCUUCUGCCCUCUGUAAAAAAAGAGACUAGACUAAAGAGAGAUUCUGUAGUACAGGGGUUUAGAUUUUUCACUUAGUGACUGUAAACUGACUCACUAGAAAUGAUCUUAUUUGUUCAUACUUCCUGCCACUGCUGUAGGGCCGUGAUUCCUGGGGUGUGAGAAACAAGGUGUGGAGUCAGAACAGGGCUUCUCAACUUUUGGUUAGACUUCUGUUUGAACCAUAUUUUACUAAUGGUUUUUACAUAUUGAGGUAUAAUUAACAUGCUAUAGACUGCACCUGUUUAAAUUGUACAAUUAUAACUAGUUUUGCCAUAGAAAUGCACCCAUAAAACUAUCAAAAUCAUAAUGAACCUGUGCCCUUUCUAAAUCUCUUGCCCUUACCCGACCACUAUUGAUUUACUUUCACAGUAAAUAGUAUUUUAUAGAAUUUGAUAUGAUUGGAAUUAUAAAAUGUUUACUUUUGAAAACUGGCUCCCUCCACACUGCAUUGCUUUGAUUGCUGAGUCCCACUCUGAUGUGCUAUAAUGUGUUAAUCCACUUCUCUGUCAGUGAACACUUGGCUUGUGUCCAGUUUGUUUAUUAUAAAUAAAAUGUGGUAUGUAUGCACGAAUGGAAAGGAAUGCAGGAUGAAGUAUUAAGAAUGCCCCCCGCCACCCAGUAUUCCAUCAUUGUUUAUCAUGUUAGGAAUGCUCCGAUUUCCUCUAGCAUAUUUCCUCUAUUACUGCAU